AUGUUUGUUAGGAAGCAAGUGAGUGAAGGAUUCUUAAUGAAGAUAAGGAACAUGACCAAUUGUGGGUUUACACAUCCGACUAGGAGCACCAUUUGUUUUCUCUUUGCUAGAAAGUUUCACACAAGUACCUUAGAUUCUUUGUUGAGAAUAGCUCCAUCUUUGCUUGGUUUCACUGAUACUAGUUAA